AUAAGUCAUUAGAGCAUUAAAUCAUAUGUUAUGAAAUUUGAAGAUUUGAAAAACCUAGUUACUAGUGAAUUAAAUGUCAAAAAAUUUGAAUGUUUAAACAAAGGAGGAGGAGGAUGUAUUAACACAGGAGAAUCUUAUAUAACCGAUAUAGGGAAAAUAUUCAUUAAAUCAAACGAUAAAGAAAAGUCUGAUAUAAUGUUUCAAGGUGAAUUUAAGAGCUUAUUAGCAAUUAUGGAAACUAAUACAGUUAAAGUUCCAAAACCUAUAAAAAUUAUCAAAAAUUUAAAUGGAAAUGAUAUUUUUUUAAUAAUGGAAUACAUUGAUAUUGAAAGAUGCAAAAAUCAGAAAGAACUUGGUUCAAAAUUAGCAAAACUUCAUAUUUAUAAUAAAACAAUGAAAGAAAAUAAUUCUAAAGAAUAUGUUAAGGAAUUUGGUUUUUCUAUACCAACAUGCUGUGGAUUUUUGCCCCAAAACAAUCACUGGUCUUCAGAUUGGAUUGAAUUUUUUAUUCAGCAAAAAUUAGAAUACCAAAUCAAUAUGAUAGAUGAUAAGCACAAUGAUAAAGAAUGCAUUUCUAUUUGGAGUCAAUUGAAAGAAUGUAUACCAAAAUAUUUUGAUGGUAUAAUUAUAGAACCAUCCCUUUUACAUGGGGAUCUGUGGUCUGGAAAUAUAGGGCAAACACCUGAUGGAGAUCCAGUUAUAUUUGACCCAGCUUCUUUUUACGGACAUCACGAAUAUGAUUUGGGAAUAGCUGGUAUCUUUGGAGGGUUUAAUGAACAGUUUUAUAAAGCAUACCACAAAGUAUUUCCCAAAAUGCCUGGUUUUGAUGAACGUCACCAAUUGUAUCAGCUGUUUCAUUAUUUAAACCAUUGUAAACAUAAAUGUUUAAAUAGGAAUCAUUUUGGUGGUAGUUAUCGCUCGCCUUCUAUCAAUAUCAUGAAAAAGCUAAUCAAGGAUUAUUAGAUUUAUCAAAACAUUUAUUUAACAAUGUAUUUUAAUUUCUUUCUUUACAUUCAUUUUCUGGUGAAGCGAAUUUUACAAUUUAAUUUACAAAUCUAUCAGUAAUUUUUUUAAGUCGAUUCAACAAAUAAUUGUUUUAUGAUGAAAUUUCUUUUUUUUUACCAUAUAUUAUUUUCAAGCAGUGCAUAUUUUAUAAAUUUAUUCGUAAACCUGUAUAAUGAAUAAUUGACUAAAUAA